AUGUCACUGAAAGGAAAGGUUGCGCUGGUGACAGGUGCCACCAGCGGCAUCGGUCUCGAAACUGCAUCGGCGCUUGCAGGUCUGGGUGCCACGGUUAUCCUUGGCGUCCGCAACACAAAGGCUGCCGAAGAUGUCGUCAAACAGAUACAAAAGGAUCAUCCCGGCGCAAAGGUUGUGAUCGGUCCGCCUCUCGACCUGAUUUCGCAAGAGAGCGUUCAGAAGUUCGCGGAGUACAUCAACAAAGAGUAUCCUCAACUCCACAUCCUCAUCAACAACGCUGGUGUCUCGUUCAUGUCGAAGACGUUUACCCCCGAGGGUGUUGGCGGCAUUGCUCAGACCAACCAUUUGGGCCCGUACACACUAACGCGGCUUUUGGAGAAGAAACUUGUGGCCAGCAAGGCCAGGGUGGUGACGGUUGCCUCAGUGACCCACCGAACCAUCAUCAUGAAGAAUGCGAGGUCCUUCCUCACCGAUUGGCGCUCGGGUUAUUACCAACACUCCAAGCUGGCCAACGUGCUGUUCGCCUACGAGCUACAGCGCCGUCUGGGCAAUCACGGCGUCACCUCCUGCGCAGCAGACCCCGGGGGUGUCAAGUCCAACAUCUGGGACAAGAGCCCCAUGUUCAGCAAGGGCAUCUACAAGACCAUCAUUGACCUGUGCUACAGCCCGCCAGCUGACGGCGCUAAGAGCGUGGUGUACGCGGCCACCGUCCCCUGGGAGAAGAACCGCAGGGUCGUAAAUGGCACACCCGUACUCCCCGCGGAUGAUCUGCGAUACUAUUCUCGGGGGCUCUUCUGCUCACCGCUGCUCUGCAAGCUGGACGGCUAUCGCGGCAAGGGCUUCCGCGCGGGCCAGAAUUUCAAGGGCCUUAUCUGGGGCCUCUCCACAGUAGUGACCAGCCUGUGGGAUUGGCCGCUGCGGAAGCUGAGCGGAAACCGACUGGCCAAUCGCUGCAAGCCGGUCCGCUCCGCCACUCAGACCUAUGACGCUAAGCUGGCAGCGGAGCUGUGGGAGGUGUCGGCGGAGCUGGCGAAGCUGCCACCGCAGCCGCAGGUGUAAGCCGAUAGGACGGUGGUGGGGAUGGUGAGCGAAGUGGGCGGGAUAGGCGAGAGGCAGAGGGAGGAGGGAGCGUAAGUUGAAGGUUGGGGAUGCUCCCGGUGGUGAGCAAUCCCUCGCUGCUUUACGGGGAACUUCAUUGGGGCUGUGGAAAUGGGGAGUCGUGGGCUUUUUGCUCGCCUUCUGGAUGCUUCUACUUUGGUUAUACGGACUUACAUACAUCAAUAUAGCAGCAACAAUCAAAGCAGCCGUCGCAGCGGUGCUGCUGAUUGUCGAAUGUGGAGCCCACGUCGGAACCUGCCUCGGAGGGAUCAGGUACUGGAGACGACGGAAGGGCUACUGUCGCGGCGGCCUCUUGUGCUAAUGUGUUGCAGUGCUGUUGCUGACGGGGUUCCGGUAAUCUGUCGGCUGUAGGGGUUUUGCGGCAUAGCAGCAUUGAAAGGCGGUUCGCAUAGGCGCGGUGCCUGGUGUGCGUGUGCUACGGCGCUACCGAGAAUGAAUAGAUACGGGUCUGUAUCUCUGGCUUGUUUAUGUCCUCAUGUCAUGGACGAUUCAAGCCGGGAAUUUCAGCCGCGCAGCCGAAGGGAUGGGUCUUCCAUCGUACGUAUUGCAUAAAGUCAUGAGGCCGUGCUUCUUCGGAAGAGUGCGGCGGCGGUUUCGUGGUGUGACUAUUAUGCUGUGGACGCUUGCGGCGCGAUGAUGAGGUCGGUCCGAAGGCACACGCGGUACAGGUGCGCUGUCUACUUCACUACACUGCACUUUCUGAUGACAUAACCGUAACACAGCGUCGUAGAUAAGAUUACCGUGUCCGAAACAUG